UAUAUUUUUAUAACGUAUGAAAAAAAAAAAAAAAAAAAAAACGCGACGAGGAUUAUUGAGCAAUCAAUAAUUAUUAUUUCCAAGUUAUAACUGACUUAGCAAAGUCAUGUUAUUUAUUAAUCGAGAAACAGAAGCAGUUAUAUUUUAUUAGUGCUACUAGAAGUCGAGAAAUUAUUCCGACUGCAACGCAAAUUCAAUCUACGGAUUUAAUCUAGAUUCAUAUUACUGUAUUAGCAUCACCAAGGCAUGAGGAUAUAAUUCAUUUAUUCAUCAAUCUCAUUCUCAUACUUUACAAACUCUUAUAACCAAUUACAGUUUCACCUAUCAAUGCUAUGAAGUAGAUACAUGAAUAUGCUAGACAUAUAUGUAAGCAUACAAUCAUCAUUAUUUUUUUUCCACUCCCUAAUGUCUCCUACACUAUACACGCAUAAUCUCCACUUCUCCACUCCACCAACUAUCUCCACCACCUUUUGCUUUCUUCCACUACAUUUUUUUUCACCACCCUUUCCACUCCACUAAUUCCACUACACCAAACUUUCCACCUACUCCCUUCCCCACCACACGCAAGAAUGCAUCUAACAUUCCAUUAUACAGGCAACAAUCUUUUCAUCAUCUUCAUUCUUCACUAAGGAACCGAAGAGCAGCCACGAGUUCUGCCAUAAGUACACUGCUCCGGCAGUGUUUUGCAAGGCGAUUCCAGCCAUCCAAAAGGUUCCCAAAAAUUCCCAAAUUAAUUGUGUAUCAUCUUUCAUAUGUUUUCUAUACUUUGGCAAAAUUUCAGAAGGUUUGAAGCUCUUAUGAUUUAUUUAUGAAUUUGUAAACAUCACUGCCCAUCUGGAAUACAUUUUUGGUAAACAAUCUUUGGGAGGCCAUAAGUAAAGUUUCAAUCGGUGAAAACCUUUGAAACUUGAAUAUGUCACUCUAGACUCCCGUAUCUUUCUUUUGACAUCGGCCUCACCAUUUUUGAAUAAGGGAAACAACCGGUAUAAAUUCUUGAAAUCUAGUUCUUAUUCCAUGUACCAUCCAGUAGAUUUUACAAACCUACGACUUUGAGGUGGCAAAGCCCGACUUAAAUCUUUGAUUCUCAAGCCUAGCUUUCUACUGAAUAUUCAAUGACAUGUUGGGAACUUACUUGCUUAGUUUUAGAAUUUUUGGUGAAGCCUAAAGUUGGUUUUCUGAUUUAUGUUAUGAAUCUGCCAAACUUGAACGCUUUUUGUGCACUGAACUUUAGACAGUCAUAUCUUCUAAACCAUGAAUGUUCUUAGAGUAAAUCCAACUGGAGAGUGUUAUGAUCUCUCCCUAGUUUCCAGAUUGACCCUUGGGGUUCCCAGUGGAGUUUUGUAAAGGGAGAUAUGAAUUUUUAAAGAAAGCCCACUGACUUGGUUGUAAUCUGGAAAUCUGAAAUUUUCAGAUUUUGCUUGUUAAAUACCCAUCUUUGAGAGGGCAUAUCUUGCUCGUUUGAAUUGUUUUUCAUUCGAUUCAAAUUGGAGAAUGAUCCUUGAAAUGUCUAGUUUCCAGAAUGUCUUUUGGAGCAUCAUUUGGAGAUCCGAGGCAGAUUUGGUGUCUGUUGCAAAACAACCCCUUAAGAGCUCAAGUUGUUGAAUUAUUUUCUAUGUAUCAAAGUUUAUUUUAAAGGAUGUUUCAUGAAAGAUUUCGUAUAUGUGCGUAACAAGUUUGGGACUAUUUAUUUUAAAUGAGGUCCGUUCUUUAUUUAAAUUAUGAUGGACUUUUAAUGAAUAUUUUUGGGAUUAAACUCUUAUUUCUUGAUUUAUAUAAAUUAUUUUUUUUAAGGACUUAUAAAUAUGAAUUUCGUAGGCCUACUGACCUACUGUGAUCGACGGUUUGUCGAUGUCUAAUAGCUUUGAAAAUUUUAUAGCAAGUCCUGACAUGAGUCUUGAGUACCCUGGUAAAAUUUCAAGCCAUUCCAACUUCGUUUGAUACUUCUUUAAAAUGCAAAACCUAAACUGCACAUAACUACCGAGAAUUUCAGAGAACAGAUGAAAGAGUCAUUUAUUUCAGUAGCUUCCUGUGUGAUCUAGCUUUCCAAAUUUUUAUGGUAUUAACCUUAUUGUGUUAGCUAGAUAUCCACCAAAGUUGAGCCCAGUUUGACAACGUUUACUAUUUGUCAAAAAUCCAAGUUUUCGAUUGUUCAAAACUGCCGUACAUGGUAGAUCGUGGUAAAAACGUCAUAUCUCUCAAACCACUUGGAGUUUUCGACUCUACUUUUUUUUAUAUGAAACUAGAUUCGAAGAUCUUUCUUUCGGUAUGAGUCUCGAGUCCAGGAGAUGUCGGAGUCAGAACAGAUUAAAUUUUGAAGUUGAGUCAGUGUAAAAACAGAGCAUGUUUUGAUGAUGUUUGAUUGUGAUUCUUAUGUGCCUUAUGUGUUUGUGUUGCCUAUGUGUUUGAAUGAGAUUAGACGAGGUAUGAUUGAUUUUUGACUGUCUUUAAUGUAACGAAUUAUGGAUGCUAGAACCCUAAAACACUAAAAGAUACCCUAGGCACGUAGAAUUAGACUUUGUCUUAUGACAAUUACUUCACGAACUUAUCGACUCUUCAUCAAUGAAGGUCCGGGCGACAGAAAGUGAAGCCGAAGAAGAAACGACUCCACGCCAGCUUUAAGAACAAUUGAGGUUGAGCUGUGAUGGGCGAUGAAGUGUUGUUGCUGAGUGGAGUUUUUGUCGAACCUAAAGUAGGCUCAGAAAGGAUACAUGUCUUCAUACAUGUAUCUCAGUUAUGCUUUCCACUGUAAACACUGAUUAUUUCAGUUACGCCUUCCGUUGCAAACUCUGAUAAUAUUUUAGCCAAGCCCCUAACGAUGCCUUUUUCCUUUUACGGAAUAUAACGCGUAUACAAGUUCUUUGAGUACCCUUUUUAUGCGACCUAUGCCUUUUUCCUUUUUAAGGAAUAUUUCACGCGUAUUCAAGUCCUUUGAGUAUUCUUUUAUGCGCCCCUUUCUCAACCCGCUUCUUAAUUUCCCUUCCCCAGUCAUGGUUUUCCCGGAUUAAUUAUCCUUAAUUAAGGCCGGUCGUGACAGAGUGGUAUCAGAGCAGAUCGUUUGCUCUGAGCCUAAGAGUUUAUUUAAGCCAAACUUAGAAUGGAUCACUAAAGUGUCUAGAGUUCAAUCGACAAAGCUCAGCACUUCAUCGUAUCACACUCAACGAAGCAGAAUGAAUGCCGCCUAAGAGAGGACGCCCUGCGAAAAACAAUAACAAUCGCAGAAACCGUAACGCUGUACCCGAAGAACCACAAGAUGCUCGAGGACAUAACCCAUCCCCUCCGCCUCCGACUAGGAGAGUCGAAGAACUCUUUUUAAGGCAAAAUCCACCUACGUUUGACGGAACGAGUGAACCGGCUGAAGCUGAGAUUUGGGUGCGUGCAAUGGAACGCAUUUUCAACUUUCUACGUUGUACUGAUGAGGAGCGCCUAUCUUGCGUCUCUUUCCAACUAACAGGAUCAGCUGACUUCUGGUGGGAAGCACGUCGAAAAAUUCUGACACCUGAACAAUGGGCAAGUUAUACUUGGGAAGAUUUUAAGACGGGAUUAUAUGAUAAAUAUAUUCCGAAAAGCUAUAGGAAGAAGAAAGAAGCUGAGUUCUACGAGUUGAAGCAAGGAAAUAAAUCUGUGGUUGAAUACGACAAGGAAUUCUGCAACCUGUCUAGGUUUGCUCCGCAACAAGUGGACACAGAUGAGAAGAUGGCAGAGAAAUUUUGUGCCGGUCUACGGUACGAAAUUAAGAUGGCUCUAGCAAGCCACGGAGGACUCUCAUACACGGAGUCUUUGAACAGGGCACUUGAUGUUGAAGCUGCAAUGCCGUCGGACAAGUCAGCCCCAUUGUUGAUCUCAACGCCAAAUGAUCCACCAGUAGCCUCACAUACUCUCAAAGGGAAGCGCAAGUGGGACAACAACGAAGACAAUAUCAAUCAGACUAGUAAGAAAGUGUGGCAAGAAUAUGAACGGGCCGAACAGUUUAUUCAACCAAGGCACGAGGCACAGACUAACCUCGAGCGAACUGGGGGUAACCAAGGUCAGAAAGGAGUUUUACCUUGCCCAAAUUGUGGUAAGAUGCAUAGGGGUAUUUGUCGUGCUGGAACUAACGGUUGUUACAAUUGUGGCCAAAAAGGUCACUACUCCACGCAAUGCCCCAAUAGACAACGAGGUUCAGCAGUUGGGAACACCCGCACCCCCUUGCCAGCAAUACGUGGACACUUGCGAAAUCAUCCUCAAUAACAUCAGUGAAAAUCUUAUGGAGACACCGCAGACAAGAAAAGCUACGUGGGAGCUUGAAAACAAGAUGAAGGAAAAAUACCCCGAAUUGUUUUAGCAGAGAUAUGCAAAUUUCGGGACGAAAUUUUUGUUAAGAGGGGUAGUAUGUAGUAGCCCGCUCUUUUAUUUAUGAUAAAAACUAGUAAAUGCAAUUUUUUAUAAAUGAAUCCAGUUUAUGGUUCUGAUUUUUUUUAUCAGAGGCAGAGUUAUUAUUUAGCGUUAUAUUUUUAUAACGUAUGAAAAAAAAAAAAAAAAAAAAAAAACGCGACGAGGAUUAUUGAGCAAUCAAUAAUUAUUAUUUCCAAGUUAUAACUGACUUAGCAAAGUCAUGUUAUUUAUUAAUCGAGAAACAGAAGCAGUUAUAUUUUAUUAGUGCUACUAGAAGUCGAGAAAUUAUUCCGACUGCAACGCAAAUUCAAUCUACGGAUUUAAUCUAGAUUCAUAUUACUGUAUUAGCAUCACCAAGGCAUGAGGAUAUAAUUCAUUUAUUCAUCAAUCUCAUUCUCAUACUUUACAAACUCUUAUAACCAAUUACAGUUUCACCUAUCAAUGCUAUGAAGUAGAUACAUGAAUAUGCUAGACAUAUAUGUAAGCAUACAAUCAUCAUUAUUUUUUUUCCACUCCCUAAUGUCUCCUACACUAUACACGCAUAAUCUCCACUUCUCCACUCCACCAACUAUCUCCACCACCUUUUGCUUUCUUCCACUACAUUUUUUCUCACCACCCUUUCCACUCCACUAAUUCCACUACACCAAACUUUCCACCUACUCCCUUCCCCACCACACGCAAGAAUGCAUCUAACAUUCCAUUAUACAGGCAACAAUCUUUUCAUCAUCUUCAUUCUUCACUAAGGAACCGAAGAGCAGCCACGAGUUCUGCCAUAAGUACACUGCUCCGGCAGUGUUUUGCAAGGCGAUUCCAGCCAUCCAAAAGGUUCCCAAAAAUUCCCAAAUUAAUUGUGUAUCAUCUUUCAUAUGUUUUCUAUACUUUGGCAAAAUUUCAGAAGGUUUGAAGCUCUUAUGAUUUAUUUAUGAAUUUGUAAACAUCACUGCCCAUCUGGAAUACAUUUUUGGUAAACAAUCUUUGGGAGGCCAUAAGUAAAGUUUCAAUCGGUGAAAACCUUUGAAACUUGAAUAUGUCACUCUAGACUCCCGUAUCUUUCUUUUGACAUCGGCCUCACCAUUUUUGAAUAAGGGAAACAACCGGUAUAAAUUCUUGAAAUCUAGUUCUUAUUCCAUGUACCAUCCAGUAGAUUUUACAAACCUACGACUUUGAGGUGGCAAAGCCCGACUUAAAUCUUUGAUUCUCAAGCCUAGCUUUCUACUGAAUAUUCAAUGACAUGUUGGGAACUUACUUGCUUAGUUUUAGAAUUUUUGGUGAAGCCUAAAGUUGGUUUUCUGAUUUAUGUUAUGAAUCUGCCAAACUUGAACGCUUUUUGUGCACUGAACUUUAGACAGUCAUAUCUUCUAAACCAUGAAUGUUCUUAGAGUAAAUCCAACUGGAGAGUGUUAUGAUCUCUCCCUAGUUUCCAGAUUGACCCUUGGGGUUCCCAGUGGAGUUUUGUAAAGGGAGAUAUGAAUUUUUAAAGAAAGCCCACUGACUUGGUUGUAAUCUGGAAAUCUGAAAUUUUCAGAUUUUUGCUUGUUAAAUACCCAUCUUUGAGAGGGCAUAUCUUGCUCGUUUGAAUUGUUUUUCAUUCGAUUCAAAUUGGAGAAUGAUCCUUGAAAUGUCUAGUUUCCAGAAUGUCUUUUGGAGCAUCAUUUGGAGAUCCGAGGCAGAUUUGGUGUCUGUUGCAAAACAACCCCUUAAGAGCUCAAGUUGUUGAAUUAUUUUCUAUGUAUCAAAGUUUAUUUUAAAGGAUGUUUCAUGAAAGAUUUCGUAUAUGUGCGUAACAAGUUUGGGACUAUUUAUUUUAAAUGAGGUCCGUUCUUUAUUUAAAUUAUGAUGGACUUUUAAUGAAUAUUUUUGGGAUUAAA